AAAUGAAUGGAUGAUAAUGGUAAUUUUGAGUGUUAGAAGAAUGCGCCAUCCACACAUGCACACACAAACGCAAUUAGCUUAUGAAUACAGGAUAUGACAACAAUUUUCAGAUAAUUUUUGCUCCUAUUUCUCUCUCUCUAUUUUUGCAUGUCUAUUUUUUUUGUCUAUUGGCGACACAAAAUCUAAUAACCCGUUGUUUUAUUGUCACAACUUUUUUUUUUGGUCUUACAAGGUUAGAUUGAUGAUUUUUUUUCUGUUUAAACUUGAGACAACAUUUCGCAGUGAUGAUGGUGAUUGUCAUGAUUGUAGUUGUCUAAACGGAUUUUUAUUUUGCCAAUUUUUUUAAGGUGUGGGUGUUGGUUUUUUUUAUAACAUUUUUGAUUAUUAUAAAAAAACAAAUAAAUGUUCUUCUUUUAUUUUGGCCACGAAAACAAACAAAUAUAAAGAUUUUGGAACGGAAUUCUGGAAUUUGAUCUCAUUCAUAGACGACGUUUGUUUUUGAAUUCGAAUUUUUUUUUUUUUUUUUUGAAAAAAAACCAUGGAAAAUCUUCAUCAACGUGAUCGUGUCGGUGUUGAUGAUUGUGUUUUAAUUGAUGAUUAUCGUGAUUGUGAAUUGUUUUUAAAUAAUCUACGAAAACGAUUUAAUGAAGAUAUUAUCUAUACAUGCAUUGGCCAGGUUCUUAUUUCAAUCAAUCCAUAUAGAGAAUUACCAAUCUAUAAUGAUAGUUACAAACAAAGUUAUGCCAAUUUCAAUUUCUAUCAACUUUCACCGCACAUAUUUGCCAUUGCUGAUGCCUCAUUUCGUGUAAUGGUAGAUGAAGCUCGUGAUCAAUGUAUAUUGAUUUCAGGUGAAAGUGGUGCUGGUAAAACCGAAGCAUCGAAAAAGAUUCUCGAAUAUUUGUCUAGUGUGACUAGCCGAUCGGAACAUAAUAUCAAAGAGAUCAAUAAUAAAUUAUUGUUUUCAAAUCCAGUACUUGAAGCAUUUGGUAAUGCUAAAACUAGUCACAAUAAUAAUUCAAGCCGAUUCGGUAAAUACAUGGAUGUUGAAUUCGAUUAUCUCGGACAUCCAUUAGCUGGUCAUAUAAACAUUUAUUUGUUGGAAAAAUCUCGUGUCGUAUAUCAGAGUAAGAAUGAACAGAAUUUUCAUAUUUUCUACCUGUUACUUCGAGGAUCGUCCGAUCAAAUGCUAACAGAAUUCAGUCUUCGUCGUGAUCCACAAAAUUAUUUUUAUUUGAAUCAAAAUGCUGAUGACGAUUACCAAGUGGAUUGUGAUCAAUUCGAUAUAAUUCGAAAUGCUUUGAAAAUGUUUGAUUUUAGUGACGAAGAUGAACAGGGAAUGUUUGCCAUCAUUGCUGCUAUUCUACAUCUAGGUAAUGUUGGAUUUUUCGAUGAAGAUGAUGGCAAAACUAUCAUAUCGAAUAUGAAACCAGUGAUGACAAUAAGUAAAUUAUUACAAUGUGAUGUUGAAUUGCUCAAACAAGCAUUGGUUAAUCGUACGAUCGAAGCCAGAGAUGAAAUGAUGAUGACCGGAUUGACACGUGAUCAGGCUAUCUAUGCUCGAGAUGCAUUGGCUAAAGCCAUUUAUCAACGGCUAUUCGUAUGGCUUGUAUCAAGACUCAACAAUUCUUUGCAUUCGAAACGACGACAAGAUAAACGUAAAACAGUAAUGGGAUUACUUGACAUUUAUGGAUUUGAAAUAUUUGAAAGAAAUAAUUUCGAACAAUUUUGCAUCAAUUAUUGUAAUGAAAAACUUCAACAAUUGUUUAUUGAAUUGACGCUCAAACAAGAACAGGAAGAAUAUCGACGAGAACAGAUUGAGUGGGAACCGGUCGAAUAUUUCAAUAAUCAAAUCAUUUGUGAUCUAAUUGAAGAAAAACAUCGUGGAAUCAUUGCCUUUUUGGAUGAAGAAUGUUUACGUCCAGGUGAUCCUACUGAUUUGACUUUUUUGGCGAAAUUGGAUGAAAAUAUUUCCGGUCAUCCACAUUAUUGUACAGUGCGACAAUAUCAUUCGAAAAACAAUCGUCAAAAUGGAAUGAUUGGUCAUGAGAUGCAUCAAUUUCGAAUUACUCAUUAUGCCGGCAAUGUUGAUUAUGAGAUUGAUGGAUUCAUAGAUAAAAAUAAUGAUCUACUGUAUCGUGAUCUGAAAAAGACCAUGUGUUCAUCCAAUCAUCCCAUUAUCAAACAAUUGUUUGGUCAUGAUGAAUUAUCAAUUCAUCGGCGGCCAACUACUACAGCCACACAAUUUCGACAAAGUCUAUCCGAUUUAAUGUCAUUACUAUCCUCUAAACAACCAUGGUAUAUUCGUUGUAUAAAGCCAAAUAAUUUUCAACGAAGCAAAUUUUUCGACGAUCAAAUCGUCCGUCAUCAAAUUCAAUAUUUAGGCCUUAUGGAAAAUCUUCGUGUUAGACGGGCAGGGUUUGCUUAUCGUCGUAAUUUUAAUGAUUUCCUUGAACGUUAUAAAUGUCUUUGUCCGAAGACUUGGCCUUAUUAUCGAGGAUCAUUUCGAGAUGGUGUCCAAGAGCUAGUCGAUCAUUUUGGAUUCAAAGCAGAUGAAUACCGAAUGGGUUUGACUAAAAUUUUCAUUCGAUCUCCUCAAAGUUUGUUUCGAAUCGAAGAUGCAUUUCAACAGCACAAACAUGUUCUUGCUACACGAAUUCAAGCCCUAUAUCGUGGAUGGCAUACAAAGGAACAAUACAAAAAAAUUCGAAAAUCGGUUAUUGCAUUGCAGACAAAUAUUCGUCGUUAUCUCGCUAUACAAAAUUAUCAUCGAAGACGUCAUGCAGCACAUCAGAUUCGAGCAUUCAUUAAAGGUUUUAUCACCCGAAACGGACCACCGAAUCAAUUCAAUCAAAAGUUUGUACGGCAAGUGAAAAUUCAUUGGCUCACAACACUUAGUGAAUCACUGCCAUCUUCGAUUAUAAAACACCGAUGGCAAAUGGCACCGAUUUGUUGCCGGGAAACAUCACGAUUGUUAUGUAAUAUGCAUAAACAAUGGUUGGCUCGUCGUUAUUGUCUGGCUAUUACGCCCAAACGUAAAGAAGUGUUACAGGAAAAAGUAUUGGCUGAAAGUUUGUUUAAGAAUAAAAAACAAUCUUAUGUGGUAAGCAUUCCCGAACCAUUCGAAUCGAAUCGUCUUGAUGGUCGAAUGGACGAAAUGCGACGCAAUAUUUUCGAAAUGAAAUUUAAAGUUGAUGAUGAAAAAACUCAGUAUUGUACGAUGGUCAAUAAAUACGAUCGCCGUGGUUAUAAUUGUCGACCACGAAUGUUGGUCAUAACCAAUAAACGGUUCUAUUUGCUAGAGGUGAAAAAAACCACCCUAGCAAUGAAAGAAUCGUUAUCACUUAGUAUGAUCAAAGUGGUCACCAGUAGCCAUAGCGAUGGAUUAUUCAUCGUACGGAUACCCAUAAUGAAAAAGGAAAAGGGCGAUCUCAUUUUGGAAUGUCAUCCUAGACUGAUUGAAUUAUUGACCAAAUUUUCCGCAUUCGCUGGUCAGGAUAAAUUGUCCAUCGAUGAUGGUCAUAUGAUUGAACAUCAAAUGUCAAAUGGUAAAAAAGGUCAAAUACAAUUUGUCGAUGGUCAUCGUUAUGAAAUUAUGAAACGAAAAGAUGGUCAAUUACAAGUGAUUGCAACAUCUUUAUCGGUUUGAACUAAAUGGCUAUGUCUUAUCGUUAUUAUUA